AUUAAGGCUGGCUACAAUUACACAACAAAGACAUCGCUGUUUUGCGCAGGUGAAGCGCAGCACCAGCUCACACUUGAUGGAAAAAUAUGAGAAUUUGGGGCUUGUCGGAGAGGGCAGUUACGGAAUGGUGAUGAAGUGCCGCAACCGCGAGACCGGAAAGAUUGUGGCUGUGAAGAAGUUUUUGGAGAGUGAGGAUGACAAAAGCGUGAAGAAAAUCGCACUCCGCGAGAUAAAGAUGCUGAAACAACUGCGGCAUGAGAACUUGGUCAGCUUGCUGGAGGUGUGCAAGCGGAGACGCCGCUGGUACCUGGUGUUCGAGUUUGUGGACCGGAACCUGCUGGAUGAGCUCGAGUUCCACUCCUCUGGGCUGGAGAAGAGCCGAUGCCGGGCCUAUCUGUACCAGAUCCUGAGGGCUCUCAGCUACUGUCACCAGCACAAUAUCAUCCACAGGGACGUGAAGCCGGAGAAUGUUCUGGUGUCACAGCAGGGCGUGGUCAAAUUGUGUGAUUUCGGCUUUGCACGGACACUGGCGUUGCCGGGGGAGGCCUACACGGACUACGUGGCAACGCGCUGGUACAGAGCGCCUGAGCUACUCGUGGGGGACCCCAAAUACGGCAAGGCUGUGGAUAUCUGGGCUGUUGGGUGUUUGUUUAUGGAGAUGCUGAGUGGGGAACCUCUGUUUCCUGGUGACUCCGACAUUGACCAGCUCUACCACAUCAUCAGAUGCAUCGGUAGUCUCACACCACGGCACCAGGAGAUGUUCUAUAGAAACCCACUGUUCUCUGGAGUCAGUCUUCCUGAGAACCUGCAUUCAAACACUCACACACUCAACAUGCGCUUCCCGACACUCACACAAUCUGCUGCCAGCUUUGCCAAGGAAUGUCUGCAGAUUGACCCUGAUAACAGACCGUGCUGUGUGGAUCUUCAACAGCAUGAGUAUUUUACCAAAGAUGGCUUUAAUGUCAGGUUUCAUCAGGUCCAAAGCUCCAGAGAGGACGUGAAGGAGAGCCAUAGCUGGCUUAAAGGAGCCGUAGCAGCUAAACAGGAGCCAGAGGAGGGGAGGGCCCCUGCCCCUAAAGACCCCCCUUCUAAAGCCAUGGCACAUGUGAAACCCAAUGAGGAUGAGCCAGAGUCCUGCCCCCUCACCAGCCAGGAGCCUGCCUCCUCCUCAAGACCCAUCCCUCCCAUUACCCAGAACCCCCUGACCAUGCCAGGGCCACUUAAGUCCUUUGACAAGACUAAGAAACAUGUCAACAUUCUCAACCGAAUCUCACAGCAGUCUGUGUCCAGCCACCUUGCCGUACAGAUACCCAGUGAGAGAAGUUUGGUGUGUGAGCGGUCAGUUGGGACCGUGAUGAAGAGAAGGGACACACACACACAUCGGGAAGAUAUCCGACUCCCGGAACUCAAGAACACACUGCUGCCAGAGCUCAGAGGAACAGAGGGAAAACACAAGUGGACUAAAGAGAAGGAUCAGAAGCGAGAGACAAAGAUCCCAUCUCUAGCGGCAGUGGACCUGCACUGCAAUACACAUCUGGGCAUAUGAGGAGAUAAUCACACAGAACAACAUUCUGAUGCUUUCCACAUGCCCCUCUUCACAUUGGGAAAUACCUUGUUGAAAUACCACACGUAUACUGCAAAAGCUCUGCAUUGCCUACAUGUUGUAUUUCAUCACUGUUGUGAAGACAACAAUUUGAGUUGAUGUACAAAGCUGUUUAUGUUGGACCAGGGAAAAGGACAGAUAUUGCUCAGUGGGCAGAACUCAAACUCCUUAUGCUUUAAGAGUUGAGCUUGUUCAGGGGUAGAAUAGACGAUAUCCCAACCUGUUACAUGUUUUUAUUGUAUAUUUUGUGAAAGCAUAAGGAGACUGUGAUAGACUUUUACAUAUUAAAAGGGAAUAUUAUACAAAUGCUAAAUUUACCGCAUAGUUUAUUAUUUUUGUACAAAAAAUUGCAGUGUUCCCUAUACAUGUAUAAAUAUUCUCAUUUUGCUGCUUUUUGUGUCAAUAAAGAAUAA